CCAACACCUCAAUCAUGCGCUCUUCACAGCUUCUCCUUUUUCUCGUGUUGGCCUUGCUGACGACAUUGAGCCACUGCGAAAAGCGAUUCACGACCCGUCAGCAAGUGUACGACGCUUGCAAGGUCAUUGAAACCAAUACGACGGCAUUUCUCGAAGAUUACGUAUCCCCAAGUGUCAAUUGGACGGUGACGAAUCCCACAAGGAAGACGACUCCAAUUGCUGGCGACUAUCUUGACCUCAAGAGCUUCGUCACGCAAGCACUGAUGCCCCUCGAUGCAUUUUUCGAGGAGCCUCUCCGCUUGACAAUAGUGGACCUCAUAACGCAAUUUCCCAAGAAAGAGCAUCCAGAUGGACUCGUUAAAGUGUGUAUGGAGCUUCGAGGGAGAGGAAACCUCAAACGCGAUGGCAGUCCGUGGGAAAACUACUACAGCUGGGUAUUGCACUUUAAAGGGACCAAAGCGAUUCUUGUACGAGCCUAUCUCGAUAGCGCUUUGGUCAAUAUCGCCAUGCUUCCCAAUCGCACCUCCUCAUGACACACAUCUUCCUACCAAAGUCACCUGUAGAGCCCGAGCAUCUCCCUAUCAACGCUGUCGCAUCUAUGGAAUGAAACCAACCCCCCUCCCCCACCCAAAAAAAAAAACCAAAAAUAACAAAAAGUCGAAUGAAAUGC